AUGGCAGAUCUCUCCACUUCCUCCGGUCGGGAUCCCGACCCCGACUCUAGAGAAGCAAACAACGUCCUGUCCCAGCAUCUGCACCCUCAGUUCACUGCCUCCCUCCAGGAUGAGCUGACUGCACCCCCGGCCGAGCCCCCAGCCGAGCAAAGUAGCGGUGAUGCUCCGUCCGAACCCCAGUCCUCACUGAGACUGCAAGGCGGCGACAUCCACCGAGACUUGUACCGCCUUGACGCUAAAUCAAAAAUUGCUCGCCUAGACAAACGGGCGGCCACGUUCUCCUUCCUUCCGAGACGCACAGAUGAUGUGGUGGAGGAAGGCGUGGCAGCCAUGGAGCCGGGGAGCUUCCGCCGUCACUUCGUUCAGAACAAGUACGGUCGGCUCGACCAACCGGGCGUAACCUCGUCCUUUCUCGAUUUCCUAGAUAUUUAUGGCAACUUUGCGGGCGAGGAUCUGGCCGACACGGAGGAGGAAUCUGCCAUCGUCGAAGAGGAAGAAGAAGAGGAUGAGACGAGGCCGGUGUCUGAACGAACGGCCCUCUUGCGGCGACGGCGGAGCUCACGAGCCAGCCGCCCAGGCGAUGCUUCCAACGUCAAGACCUUUUUCACACUCUUGAAGGCAUUCGUGGGAACGGGAAUCAUCUUCCUACCCAAGGCCUUCCGCAACGGCGGAAUCCUGUUUUCCUCCAUCACCCUUGUAACAGUGUCGUUGAUCAGUACCUUGUGUUUCCAUCUGUUGCUGGAAUGUCGGAGACACUAUGGUGGUGGCUAUGGCGACAUUGGUGAGCGGAUCGGUGGCACCCGACUUCGGACGUUGAUCCUCGCAUCCAUCGUAAUCUCGCAACUGGGCUUCGUGUGUGCUUGUAUCAUCUUCACCGCAGAGAACAUCCAUGCCGUCCUGGAAGCGGUGACAAAGGACCCGGGCACAGCUUUGUCAACCGGUAAAUUAAUCGCCGUACAACUGCUUGUGCUCAUCCCACUGUCCUUGAUCCGAAACAUCUCCAAGCUGGGCCCCAUCGCGUUGCUGGCGGAUGUCUUCAUCCUCGUAGGCUUGGCGUACAUCUACUUCUAUGACAUUGCCAGUCUCGCGUCCCGUGGUCUGGCGUCGUCGGUUGAACUCUUCAAUCGCCAAUCGUUCACCCUGACCAUCGGAUCGUGUAUCUUCACCUUUGAAGGAAUCGGCCUGAUCCUGCCGAUCCAGUCUUCCAUGAAGCGGCCAGAGCAUUUCGACAAACUCCUCUAUACUGUCAUGAUCAUCAUCACUGUAUUGUUCACGGCGGUUGGGGCCCUCUCAUAUGCCACCUUCGGCGCGGAGACGAAAACGGAGAUCAUCAGCAACCUGCCCCGCACGGACCGCUUUGUCAAUGUGCUCCAGUUCGUCUAUUCGCUCGCCAUCCUGGUCAGUACGCCGAUCCAGUUGUUCCCCGCCGUCCGUAUUAUCGAGGGCAAGCUCUUCGGCCAGAACUCAGGCAAGCGCGACCCCAUGAUCAAGUGGAAGAAGAAUGUGUUCCGGACCGGUGCCGUGAUGAUCUGCGGGCUGAUUGGAGCCGUGGGGGCCGGGGAUCUCGACAAAUUUGUCUCGUUGAUCGGGUCGUUUGCCUGUGUGCCCCUGGUGUAUAUCUACCCGGCGUACUUGCACUGGAAGGGCGUAGCCGAGUCCCCAUGGGUCAAACGAGGCGAUAUUGCGAUGAUGGUCCUGGGAGUAGUGUUCAUGGUGUACACGACAAGCGCCACCGUCUCCGUCUGGCUAGAAGGAUCCGCCUAA